CUCUCGUCAACCUCCUUUCACAUAUCGACAUGCUCUCCUCUUUCAACUGCCAAUGGCCACCACAUAGCUUCUUCAUCCGCAGCAGAGCGCCUGUGAUUUUCUCUUCCCAUUCUCUUUUCUCCUCUUCUCUCUUAAGUCAUGACUCCUCUCUUCUCCAUCACCAGAAACCUCUGUAGCUGCAGUGGAGUCCUUAUCUUACCCAAUUCUCUCCACCUCCCACGACCCAUUAACUACUCUCCCCCUCUCCUCUUCCACUCAACAACCAACAACUUGAAUCUCCACCAAAUUCGAUCUAAAGCCGGCUUUCCAUCCCAAUUCCAUCCCCCCUCUGCAACCUUCUCCUCCUUCGCCGAGGCUUCUGACAAUGAACCCACUUCAUCAUCCUCAUCCUCAUCAUCAGAGAAUGAGUCGGAAAUGGCCAAAGCCUUCAACAUAUCCUCAACCACUGCCUCUGCCAUUUGCAUCUGCAUCGUCUUCGCCGCUUUAACUGUCCCCUUAGCCAUGAAGUCGUUAGGCCAAGGAGCGAGCUUCAAGAUCAAAGCUUUAUCUUACGCUACUCUUCUUUCUGGUUUCUACAUGGCUUGGAACAUUGGGGCCAAUGAUGUGGCCAAUGCAAUGGGGACCUCGGUGGGUUCUGGAGCUCUGACGCUACCGCAGGCAGUGCUGACGGCAGCGGUACUGGAGUUCUCGGGGGCGUUGCUGAUGGGGACCCAUGUGACUAGUACGAUGCAGAAGGGGAUUCUGGUUGCCAGUGUUUUCCAGGGGAAGGAUUCACUGCUCUUUGCUGGAUUGCUCUCUUCCCUUGCUGCUGCUGGCAGCUGGUUGCAGGUAGCUUCCUUUUUCGGCUGGCCUGUUUCCACUACACACUGUAUUGUAGGAGCUAUGGUUGGCUUUGGCCUUGUUUAUGGGGGAAUUGGUGGUGUCUACUGGGGGUCCUUGGCACGUGUUACUUCUUCCUGGGUCAUCUCUCCAGUCAUCGGAGCAGCAGCCUCCUUCCUCGUCUACAAAUGCAUACGGAGGUUUGUCUACAGUGCUCCAAACCCAGGGCAGGCUGCAGCAGCUGCAGCUCCCAUCGCAGUUUUCUUGGGUGUUACAGGAAUAACCUUUUCAGCUUUCCCACUUAGCAAAACACUGUCUAUCGCACUAGCUCAAGCCUUAGCUUUUGGAACCCUAGGUGCAUUUAUCGUCAGCAAAAUCAUACACAAGCAGCUCGGUCACCUCCUCACCUCUGAAGCCGAAAAACAAGGGGCCCAACAAAACAAGUCACCACAUCACCAGAACCUAGGAUUCUUAUCUAACGUUGCUGGCCCCACUGGAGCUCAGCUAGAGAUUGUCUAUGGUGUCUUUGGCUACAUGCAGGUUCUCUCAGCAUGUUUCAUGUCAUUUGCUCAUGGAGGCAAUGACGUGUCCAAUGCUAUCGGGCCAUUGGCUGGAGCUUUGUCCAUUCUCCAAGGAGGAGCAGUCGGAGCUGCUGAGAUAGUCAUUCCAACUGAUGUUCUUGCUUGGGGUGGUUUCGGGAUUGUUGCAGGGCUCAUGAUGUGGGGUUAUAGGGUUAUAGCUACCAUUGGAAAGAAAAUCACAGAACUGACACCAACUCGAGGAUUUGCUGCUGAGUUUGCAGCUGCGUCGGUUGUUCUUGGGGCAUCAAAGCUCGGGCUGCCAAUCUCUGCGACUCAUACUCUCGUCGGUGCUGUUAUGGGAGUAGGUUUUGCUAGGGGGCUUAACAGUGUCAGAGCUGAGACUGUUCGUGAAAUUGUUGCGUCGUGGGUUGUUACUAUUCCUGUUGGUGCUGUGCUGUCUGUGUUAUAUACCUGGGUUUUGACUAGACUGCUGGCAAAUCUAAUAUGAUAUCAUGCAUCCAAGCCAUUUAGUUUGAUUGAUUUGGGGGGAGAUGAGAUGUUUAAUAAAAGGAUUAUGUGAAAAAUUGUGAAUGGGAAUUUCACAGCUUAAUACUCAUUAGCCAAUGAGUAGCUUUUUGUACUCAGAAGACGGGAACGCUUUCACAAAGAAAUUGUUGCCGCGAAAGACGAGUAGCUUAUUUGUUGACAAGGUGAGUCCUGAGUCCUAGUCAGCAUUAGAUUUCUGAGCCAGUGUUGCUACCUUCAUCUCAUAUAUGCUUGUAAUCUCAAGUGAAUUAGUGUAUAUCCCUGAAGGUACAAAGUCAUGUUGUAACAUUUUUUUUUAAAUAAUGAAAAAACUCCUUUCUUUUAAAACGUA